AUGGCGAGAAGAGUCCAAGUGGUCGAAGUUCCCGUGGAAGGGAGAGAAAAGAACGUCAUGACGUCUUUAGUGCAAAGCGAGAAGCGAGAGGACGCGAGCGACGAAUACCAUCCGUUCGUUUUACUGCACGGAUUUGAUUCCUCGUGCUUAGAGUAUCGGAGAUUGUUUCCAAAGUUGGAAGAAAACGGCGCAGAAGUGUACGCUUUGGAUUUGUUAGGGUGGGGGUUUACGGACGGUUUGGACGGGGGCGUCGGGGACUAUUCGCCGGAGGCGAAGUGCGCGCACUUGUACGCGUGGUGGAAACAGAACGUGAAUCGACCGAUCGUUUUAGCCGGGGCGAGUUUAGGUGGGGCGGCGGCGAUUGAAUUUGCGAGUCGGUACCCGGAAGCGGUCACACGGUUGGUUUUAAUCGACGCUCAAGGUUUUAUCGAUGGGAUUGGACCGAUGGGAAUGUUGCCGACGCCGAUUGCCAAAGCGGGGGUGGAUAUUUUGAGAACGAGAUGGUUGAGGUCCGGGGCGAAUAAGAUGGCGUAUUUCGACCAAAAGUAUGCGACAGAUGACGCGCAAAACGUCGGGAGAUUACACACGCUUUUACCGCAAUGGAACGACGCGACGUUGAGUUUCAUGCGAUCCGGCGGGUUCCGAGUCGUCGAGAAGAUUCCGCAAUUGACGACGAAGACGAUGGUGUUGUGGGGAAGAGGCGAUAAGAUUUUGGAACCUGAAAACGCGGAGAGGUUUGAGAAAGAAAUUCAAGACUGCGAGUUGGUGUGGGUGGAAGAGAGCGGGCACGUUCCGCACCUGGAGCAGCCAGAUUUUACGUGCGCGCAGUUGUUGAGAUUCGGAAAGAAAUAA